AUGACAACGGGCCGAGAUCCAGGCCUGUUUCGGGUUUCGACGGAAAUGCUUAGCCUUGUCGUGGAGACAAUAAUGCUGAAAGACCAGAUCAUAAAUUCUGGAACUUCUCUAGUUUGGAAGGUUGCCUACUACGGCUUAUCGGCCGCCGGGCUCAUCUGCCUCACCCUUGUCAACCAGGGAUUUGCCACAGACAUUCCUGAUCUCAGUGUUUCGAAGGUCUUCCAAGAUCUGAGCAUUCUCGUGGGAGAGAUCGAACGUGGUACCUUAGUGUACAUUGACUCCCCUAACUUCGCUUUACUAGCUCGUGCCGCUCAAACAAUCAAAAGUCUCCUCGACCGUAUGCUUACGCACAGCAUGGCAGCCAUGCCGGGUACUCAACCCGACCUUCUACCAGACUCCGAAACGAUGGCUACCUUGGAAGGUGGGAGUUGGGGUCUAUGGGACAGCAGCAAUCUUCAAGAUUUUGAGAUCAAUUUUUGGCAUAACCUCGCCGAUCAUCCUUUCCUUAAUGAUUGA